UCUGUUCUCGACUUGUUCUCGACAAUAAAAUAUAUUAAGUAGGUAUUACGCCAGCAUUUUGAAUUAAAAGUAACUGCUAUUAUUGAAUACAAUCAUUUCUAUUUAUUUAAAAAAAUGAAAAUAGCAGUAGAAGGUUGCGCUCAUGGAGAGUUAGAUAAGAUAUAUGAAUGCAUAGAAACUUUACAAGACAGGGAGGGAAUUCAGGUUGAUUUACUUAUUUGCUGUGGUGACUUCCAAUCUGUAAGAAACAAUGAUGAUCUCCGGGCAAUGGCAGUGCCAGAAAAAUAUCUAAACAUUUGCACAUUUUAUAAAUAUUAUAGUGGUGAGAAAGUAGCACCAGUUUUGACUAUUUUUAUUGGCGGAAAUCAUGAAGCUUCUAAUUAUUUACAAGAACUGCCUUAUGGUGGCUGGGUGGCACCUAAAAUAUACUACAUGGGGCGAGCUGGAGUCAUUCAAUUUGGAAAUCUAAGAAUUGGAGGCCUGUCAGGAAUAUUUAAGGGACGUGAUUAUUUGCAGGGCCUCUGGGAGUGUCCACCGUACACCCCAAACUCAUUGAGAUCUGUAUAUCACAUCAGGUCUCUGGACGUCUUCCGCCUCAGUCAGUUGAAGGAUAAAGUACACGUCAUGCUCUCGCAUGACUGGCCAAGAGGAAUAACGGAUUAUGGCAAUAAAGAGCAAUUAUUGAAAAGAAAACCGUUUCUAAGAGAUGAAAUAGAGGCAAAUCAACUGGGAAGUCCACCUGCUGAAAAGCUGCUAAAGACAUUGAAGCCAGACUACUGGUUUGCUGCACAUAUGCAUUGUCAGUUUGCAGCACUUGUAAAACAUGACAAUAAUGAAGAAACUAAGUUCCUUGCCUUAGACAAGUGCUUGCCAAAGAGAAGGCACUUACAGAUAUUAGAUUUACCUGAGGAGUAUGAUGGAGACAAGCUUCUCAAACAUGACGCAGAGUGGCUGGCAGUACUGAAGAGUACAAAUCACUUGCUCAGUGUCAAAAAUGUUGAUUGUUAUUUGCCUGGGCCAGGCGGUAAUGAACGGUAUGAUUUUACUCCAACAAAAGAAGAAACCAGCUACAUAGAGAAUUUAAUGGACCACUUGGUAAUAAGGGAAGACCAGUUUGUACAAACUGCUCCUGUAUACAAACCUGGGGCUCCUCGGGGAAGACUGGGAGAGCCGAUUCAGAACCCACAAACAGCUCGCCUAUGUGAGAUACUUGGUAUUGAUGAUCCCCUACAAGUGGUGAUGGCACGCUCAGGGAAAGAACUGAGGCAGCAUUGUGAAAUGAAGAAUGAAACCCCAGAAAGGACUCCCAUAAAGUGUUCUAAAUUGUCUUUACCUGCUCCAGUAACGCCGAGUGAACCCGACAGUCACAUUGAGUCUCAGGGAACGCCGACUACUCCUUACAACAGUGUUGACUCGAUACUAGAUACCUCAGACUGCAGCGAGCCGAGCACUACUAAAAAGACAUUCAAACGACGCAACCUGGCUUUAUAUACACCGGAUAACGAUGAUGUUGAUAAGUCUACCUCCAUAGAAGAUAGUCCUCGUUCAAGUAAAGUUACUUGUAUUAGUUGAUGAUAACUGCACUGAUUUGCAGCAUAAUAUUGCAGGUCGAAAUAAACGACAUAACAAGUAAUUUGUACUGUAAGCGGUAAUUUUAGAUAAAAGUUUAGCAAAUGUUUUUAAAGGUGACAUUCAAAUUAU